ACGCUAGUACAAACUACAUAUCCCACGGUUCUCUGCGCAAGUAGGGCUACACGCUGCUCUCCACGCACUCCAUGCUGCCCAAACGAUAAAUGUGGUCCUUGAAUGACACAGUCAAUGGCACAGUUGCGUGGCCCUCAGGAAUGAGGAGGGCGGUUUUAUCUACGUGUAACUUUCAACCCUGUGUUUGACUGUGCACAGUAACAGAAAGGAGAAGGCAACAGCAAUGCAGCACAUCAUAACACCUAGGACACUGUGGAGGCUGGCAAGAGUGCGCUCAUUGUUAGUGGGCGUCACACUCCCAGCUGAGCCACCGGUAGCAUUUUGUUGCUGCAACCUUCGUCCAGCACCGUCCCCACAAACUGUAGGCUGGCAUUGGCUCUCAACCUCAGCCUCCAGUAGGCUACCAAGUCAGCCAAAAGACCAAGCACCGCAGGAAAAGCCUCCACCACAGGAAGAGACUGGACCUGUUCCUGCAGAGGUGGAUCCCCUGCACGACAAAUCUACCGGCCUGGUUCAAAGGUUUAAAAAGACCUUCAAACAGUACGGGAAGGUGAUGAUUCCCGUGCAUCUGGUGACAUCCUCUGUCUGGUUCGGGUCCUUCUAUUAUGCUGCUAUGAAAGGUGUAAAUGUAGUGCCGUUCCUGGAGUUGAUUGGCUUACCAGAGUCCAUAGUUGGCCUUCUGAAGGACUCUUCGAGUGGAUAUGCUCUGACCGCCUAUGCCAUGUACAAGAUUGCUACACCUGCUAGAUACACAGUGACUCUGGGUGGCACUUCACUAUCUGUCCAAUAUCUCCGCAAGCAUGGAUACUUCUCCACACCACCGCCAGUUACAGAAUACAUUCAGGACAAGAUGGAGGAGACCAAGGACAAGUUUACAGAAAAGAUGGAGGAGACCAAGGGGAAGUUCUCAGAGAAAAUGGAGGAAACUAAAGAGCGUUUCUCUGAGAAAAUGGAAGAGACUAAGGAUAAACUUUCUGAGAAACUCCAGGAAACCAAAGACAGAGUCUCUGAGGGAAAAUCCUUCUUUAAAAAGAAAAAAGAUCACUGAAUGUGAACCUACAUGAAGCACUUGAAAACUCAGUCAUCGUCACCUGUGUGUAGAAGUCUAUCAAAGCCUUCUGAAGGUUACACGUCGACUAAGUCUUUCUAAUAAGUUUUUUAUCUGAUAGCCAAAGCUAAUCUGUGUGAGAUGGUUUCCUGCGCUUCGUGCUGUCAGCUGAUGGUGUUUGUCUGCAGCAUGUUUGCACGACUAACAGAAUUCAGUCAACUUGUAUUUGUACGUAAACGGAGAAAGCAGAAUAUUGAUGUGGCUACAAAAUGAUCCAAACACUGAUUUCUGUCUUUUCUGGCUAUUUGGAAGGUUAAAUUCUCUGGUUUCAAAUGGAGAACUAGACAAACUCUAAUUUUGCCAGUUUGACUUCUCAUUGAUCUGAUUUCUCUUCAAAGCACUGAAGCAGUGACGCUACAUGAACUAACAUUGAUAAAUAAAUGGAAUGAAAAGAAA